CAAGGAGAAGCGAAGAAGGCGUUACAGGUUCUUCAGAAGCCUAAUGUUUCAACGGAACUUCAGUACAAGUUUGCGCCAGACCUCAUCAUGCUUGAUGCAUAUGAAACUGUUGAGUCAUGGAUGACCACUAAAAGUUUGAACCCGAGAAAGCUCAUUCCUGCAAUGAUGCGUUAUUCAAGUGAACCACAUGCAAAGAAUGAAACUCAUGAAGUAAUCAAGUACCUGGAGUAUUGUGUUCAUCGUUUACAAAAUGAGGAUCCUGGCGUUCACAAUCUGUUACUUUCCUUAUACGCCAAAAAGGAAGAUGAGAAUGCUCUUCUGCGUUUCCUAGAAUGCAAGUUUGGUAAAGGGCAACCAGGUGGCCCUGAAUUCUUUUAUGAUCCCAAAUAUGCGCUACGCCUUUGCCUCAAGGAAAAGAGAAUGCGAGCUUGUGUUCAUAUAUACAGCAUGAUGUCUAUGCAUGAAGAAGCAGUUGCACUAGCACUACAGGUUGAUCCAGAGCUUGCGAUGGCUGAAGCAGACAAGGUUGAAGAUGAUGAGGACUUGAGGAAGAAGCUUUGGCUUAUGAUUGCUAAGCAUGUCAUUGAGCAGGAAAAAGGAACCAAAAGGGAGAAUAUACGAAAGGCAAUUGCUUUUCUCAAGGAAACUGAUGGUCUAUUAAAGAUUGAGGACAUCUUACCCUUCUUCCCAGACUUUGCAUUAAUUGAUGACUUCAAGGAAGCAAUUUGCUCAUCCUUAGAGGAUUACAACGAGCAAAUUGAAAAAUUAAAGCAGGAGAUGAAUGAUGCAACCUGUGGUGCCGAUAACAUUAGAAAUGACAUCAGCGCUCUUGCUCAGCGAUAUACUGUCAUUGAUCGGGAUGAGGAAUGUGGGGUUUGUCGGCGGAAAAUAUUAAAUGUGGGUGGUGAUUAUCGGAUGACUAGAGGUUAUAUGGCUGUAGGACCAAUGGCUCCCUUCUAUGUCUUUCCGUGUGGUCAUGCGUUUCAUGCACAAUGCCUGAUAGCUCACGUGACUAGGUGUACUAAUCAAGCUCAA